AUGGCAUACAACAGCGAAGAUUCAAGUGAUGAGGAGAGCAUCACCCACCCCACACAAGUUUACCAAAGAAUUUAUGAGAAGGAGGCAGACGACCACUUCCAAGAAAGAAUGGAACUUGAACGUGAAUCAGAGAAACUCGAUCAAGAGUACCAAGAGCUAAUCUCGAAAUAUGGAGGAGAGCCAGGUCCAGAGUCCACUGCGAAAAUGGAUGAGCUUGAUGAAAGAAUGCAAGAUAUAAGCGAGCGUUUGGACGAAGCCAACGAAAGGUGGAUCAACUCAUACUCGGUGGCAAUGUACUAUAAAGAUAAGGAAAGACGUGAUCUAGAGGAAGAUAGCGACUGA